UUCUAUAAAUAGUUACUUUAAGAAACAAUUAUUAACUUUGCUUACGAAAGCGAUGGAAUAAUGCGAUCCUUUUCCCCUUUUGAGCUCGAAGUUGACACACACCCAAUACACAAUUCAUCAUCAACCCGAAAAGCAGAACAACGCAUAAACAAUUCAUCAAUUCCCCGCACCCCCACGGUAACCAGCUAUGUCAUUGCGCAGAAGAACCUUGCUCAAGGUUAUUGUCCUCGGCGAUAGUGGGGUUGGAAAAACCUCGUUGAUGAAUCAAUAUGUGCACAACAAGUUUAGUCAGCAAUAUAAGGCUACAAUUGGUGCUGAUUUUGUUACUAAAGAACUCCAAAUUGACGACAGACUCGUCACUCUACAAAUAUGGGACACUGCUGGACAAGAGAGAUUUCAAAGUCUUGGAGUUGCGUUUUAUAGAGGAGCUGAUUGCUGUGUUCUUGCGUAUGACGUGAACGUCAUGAGGUCGUUUGAUUCCCUUGACAACUGGCACGAGGAGUUUCUCAAACAGGCAAACCCUUCUGAUUCAAGGACAUUUCCAUUUAUAUUGCUUGGAAACAAGAUUGAUAUUGAUGGUGGGAAUAGUAGAGUGGUUUCUGAGAAGAAAGCAAAGGACUGGUGUGCUUCAAAAGCGAAUAUUCCAUACUUUGAGACAUCUGCAAAAGAAGAUUACAAUGUUGAUGCUGCAUUCCUGUGUAUUGCAAAGACUGCCCUGGCCAAUGAGCAUGAACAGGACAUAUAUUUUCAAGGGAUUCCGGAGGCAGUUCAAGAGAAUGAGCAGAAGGGUGGUGGAUGUGCAUGCUGAAAUUGAAAUACUGAAUAAUUUCAGACACUCCCCUCAAUGCUGUGUUUUAAAUUUUUUUUAAUCAUAUAGUGUACACUAUAUGCCAUGAUUGUGUGGGUAAAUUGUGUGCCUUGAUGUUCCCAUUUUGAUAGUAGUCUUGUUUUGAGAAGUAUGAGUUUGAGAAUGUUGCACUCUCCUAGGCAAAAACAAUUAAACAUGUUCAAUUGAUUUACCACGAAUUAGUAUAUAGGUUUAAAGUGUAGUAAUUUUUUGUUUUCUUUGGUGUUCAAAUUGAGAUUUGGCAUGGAAUGUUUAUAUUGUUUGAAUGAUAUAUACUAGACAUUAAUUUUUGCGGUGCUUCA